UUGCCCAUUCUAAUUCGGCGACGCUAGAUAGAAUUCCGAUUGGCUGAAGCCGAGGUUGCCCAUGGUAACGCGUGCUUGUUCCCCUCCUGCUCAUCCAGGCGAACAAUGAUGGGUCCCGACUCCCUCCAACAGCCCAAGGAGCACAAAGCAAAGAUAUGCAUGUGGAAAUACCUGGAUGUUCACUCUAUGGAUCUCAUUGACAAAGCCCAAACCACUGAUGAGCUGAAGAGUCUCCUCUCUGAGCUGCUCAGUUUGCAAGAUUUCCCCUCAAAUCCGCGCUCCGCUAUCUUGUUGGAUCUAUAUUUCUACUGCAUCCAGUUCUGCCUGAAGCAGGGAUUCAACCGGGAGCAGACCUCGGCCUUUUUCUCCAUUGUGAAGGAUACGCACGAGGCCUGUGUGGAAACACCGCUACCAAACGUGGAGGAAUGCUACAAGUAUUUCACCGAACUGGUUUUCUGCCACUCUAUUCGGAGACCUCCCUUCAGCAUCGAUCUCUUCAGUCAAGAUCAGCUGGUGCUGAUAGCCGAUUACAUGAUCAACACCUACUUCCGACACUUCAAACUUUACAAAUAUGCUUUCACCCCACAGGUGCGGCUGGAUGUAUCCUUCUCCUAUGUUGGGAUGCCGGAGCCCAAAGAGGAAGCAGCAGAGGCGGCAGAGAACGCAGAGCCUCCAAUGUCUCCUGGCGUGCAGGAGGAAGAUGAGGAAACCACGCCAUGAGAGGAAGACCCCACUGCCGCCCUGCGCGAAUAUAUCUCGGCCCAGCUGAACCAAGAGCUGGCCCAGCUGCGCCUGUCGGUAGAGCAGCGCCUGCAGGCCACAGAGGAACAAUUCAGUAGCAAGUUGGUGCAGCUGGAGAAGGGGUCCAGCGCCGGCAAAGGCAGCAGCAAGAGGCAAGAGUGAAGAAGUGAGAGGCCGAGGAGUUUGGGGGGGGAGGUGGAAAUGGAAACAGAAUAAAUGUUGGGGGAAAAAGACGGCACCUUGAAUAAAUAUUUGGGAAAAAGACGGCACCUUCCUUUUGCCCGCGGGGAGGGAGAGCAUAGGAUCCCCUAGCAUGCCUUUUUGGCCGGGGAGGGAGGCAGGUUUGCUUGAAGUCUGACGAUUAAUUGGCUCCACCGUGCCUAAAGAUUAUGCAGCUAUUACUCGCUCAUGUUCUUUACUUAUGUUUCUUAAUGUUUCUCAUCUCCCUCCCUUUCACUUCUUUUUGAGUUGAUCUCCUUCAUUUUGUUUAUUAUGGUUUCUUCCCGCACUUGCACUGAAAAGGAUUCAAUAAAGAGCAACGCAGGAGA